AUGUAUUAUAAUAAUAAUAAUAGAUUAUUUGUAUUUGUAACACUACUAUUUACUAUUAUAGUUGUUACUACUACUACUACUACUUCUGCUCAAUCAUCUUCGUCAUCAUCAUCAUCACCAUGGGUGAUAGUUGAAGCGUUCAACGAAGCACAAUGUGAUUUGGAGAGUUCGAGUAUGGGCGGUAUUGUUUUUAAAUCAGGAGUAUGUUUCAAUGGACAAGAAGUAUCUUGUGACGACAACAACAUUGUCACUAUUCAAAUAUACAACGAUACAGAGUGUCAAACAAUCCAGAAUACUACACAAUAUACCUCUGGUGCCUGCAACGCACUCCAGCCUCUAGCCAGAGGUUUCUACAAUACCUACACGUGCUCAGACACACUUCCAUCUGUUCCAGCCCGUUCAAUGUCCUACGCGACCUAUGAUACCUGUAAUAUCGGUCCAUCAUCUCUCACUAGUUACCGUUGGGUACCAACCUACAAGUGUAUGACCAUCUCGAGAUUGGUGCUUCCCACUCCCCCUACAAGUAGCGGUAGUGCCUCUGCUUCAUCAGGGUCUGGAUCUUCAGGAUCUGUUUUACACCAAAACAUCGAAAAGAUAAACUCAAUGGAUUUCUUGGACAAGUAUCUUGAUUUCUUGGACUUUAUCAACUUUAAUCACAAUCAAAUCCUUCAAGAGGAGGAGAGAGAAGAGGAGUAUGAUUUUGCAAAUAGUGGUAGUAGCAUUGAAUUAUUGGGAACUGUUAGUACUGGAUUGACUGGUGGUGGAUUUAAUACUGGAACAGGAAAUGGAUAUAGUACUGGAUCAGGAAGUGGAGGUAGUAGUGCAAUCAACUCUGUCUUUUUUGCAACUCUUGCAUGUAACCAAACCUACGUCAAACUAUCGAUCUAUAAUGACGGAAUUUUAGUGCCGGUUGUCUCGUCGGGCGGUGGCGUCAGUGGAGCUGCCACUGGUACCGGUGAAGGUGGCAGUAUCUUGUCGACAGGUCAAUUCUCAUCGGGUGAUCCAAAUGGUUCAAAUAUGAAUAUUCCAACGAGUGGUAGUACCUCUGGAUCAGGUGGAUCGGGGUCACCCCGUAAUGGAUGUUCCAUUCAUUACAUGACAUCACAAAAUCUACAAAUAAGUCAACCAAAAUGUAUGAAUGGACAAAUAAUAACAGCCACUUGUAACCCACCAUACCAUUCAUAA